ACACAAGUAGGACGUCUGUAUUUUAUAAGACGUGUCGCCAUUGAAAAUCACAACAGCUAACGACAAUGUUUAUACUCUAUAGAUUGGUUUUAUUUUGCUUAUUCAGUGUUUCCAUCUACUCCAGUUGCGAUUUAAAAUCAGAGAUGCUUGCCAGUGGUCACUUUCCUAAGCUUGAUUUUACACCUUGCGCUAUUGUCAACGUUACUGUAGACUGUUCAUGCCUGUCUCUAACUGAUAUACAGCCAUCUUGGUUUCCCAGCUACACAGAAGUCCUUCUUUUUAAUAACAAUAAGCUGAAAGUGAUGCCAAACUAUACGUUUUCUCAUCUGCAACAUUUGAAAAUACUGAAUCUUUCAAAAAACGAUAUACAGGAAAUAGAGAUCGACGCUUUUCAUGGGCUUGGAGAGCUAGAAAACGUGCAGUUGUAUCAAAAUAAGUUCUGCUUUAAUGAUUCGGUCAAACUUGAUCGCAUAUUUCAACAUACUCCGAGUCUAACGGAACUUAAUAUUAUACAAAAUACAGAUUGUGACAAUGUCACAAAUUCAUUUUUGACAAAACUGACAAAACUAAGAAGGUUGGAGAUAAGGUAUAAUUCUGAUCGUCUGUAUCUUGGUCCGGAGUUCACUCGUCUGAGAGAUUUAAAAUAUUUGAAGAUAGUUGGUGACGCACAAAUAAUAGAUAAUCUUACAUUUGUAUAUGUUGGUAACUUAACAGGCCUGGAGCUUUCUAUUAUGAACAGUUUAAAUAGUAUUAGUUCAGAUGCCUUUCAGCCACUUAUUAAUCUGAAAUCGUUGAGGAUUAUAGAUAUUUCGUUGAAUUUGUCAUAUGUUUUGUCACGCCUGGGGCCCUUUCAAGGCAGAAACAUGUCAGAAAUGACACUAGAUACCAUCUCCAUUGAUGUUCACGCAGAGAGACCGAGAGAAGACGGCUACUUAACAAGAAAUAACACUCAGUAUCUUAGAAACAUUUGCGUGGCAUCGUUGUCUCUCCAAAACUGUAGAAUUUACUACAUAACAGUGGACGCUGUAGGGGGAGAUCAACUGGAAACAUGGAACAACUGUCUGGUCAAUCUGGUGAUAUCCGGAAAUCCAUUAACCGGCAACAGAUUUGCGUUAUUAAAGCUAGUGAAACUUAAACAGCUCAAAUCUGUGACGAUGUCCGAUGUGUUUCGAUCCUGUGUGGAUUACGCCCAGUUCCCACUACAUUUUGAAGAGCACAGACUAGAUAGUCAAAGCAAUGGGUCGAUAUCAACGGCUAUUGAAGACAAAGAAACACCGGAUCACGAUGUUUUAAAUGGUUUAGAUACAAGUACAAAUGUUACUUGUGCCAAAAACCAUACAGCAAGCAUUGAUCAGCGUGUUCAGAUUGGGGACAGUACUCAUUUUUAUAUUUCGGAGAAUCUAAGAUACAUCAACGCUAGGCGGCUUGUCAUUUCUUCUUUGGUAGAGGAUCAUUUUAUUAUCUAUGGUGCACACAAUGCUGAAUAUCUCGAUAUUUCAGACAGUGGAUUCAAAGAUUUUACUGGUAUCGUUGAGGGAUUCACAUCUCUCAGAACAUGUAUUCUAUCGGGCAAUGACCUAAGUAAAGUUUCAAUCCCGUUUUUUGAGUAUUUACCAUCAAUGGAGAAUUUGGCUUUAUCCAACUGUAGACUUGAGAGAGACUUUAUGUCACAACACAGCCAUGUUUUAUUCAAAAACCUUACACGAUUAAGACAACUAGACCUUUCUUCUAACUCUCUUAAUUACUUAUCUAAAAAUACAUUUUUGUUCAAUUCACAUUUACAAUUUGUAAAUCUAUCAAGGAAUUUGUUUCGCGAAAUUCCGUUUACACUGAGAUACACUCCAGAACUGAGGGCACUGGACCUAUCAGUCAACUCUUUGUCAUCCAUAGACAUAUCGACCACUAAAGAUCUUGACCAUCAUGUUACAAAGACAGGAUAUCUGAAACUUUACUUGCAAGGAAAUGUUCUAUCCUGUGGCUGCAAUGAUAUAACAUUUCUUCAAUGGAUGAAGACGACCCUAGUCACGUUUGAUCUCAAUGGAAAUUUUACGUGUAUAAAUGAAAAAGGGGAGAGAACCUACAUUUUAUUUCAUUCUGAUCUUGAAUCUUUAUGGAGAGAGUGUAACGGAAUCCUUUUCUUAUACUUGUCUGUAAUUAUAAUGUGUCUUUAUUUUAUUGGUUUGUGUAUUGUCUUUAUCAUCUAUAGAAAUAAGCAAUUCCUGAUCUCAUAUUUGCUUCAGACAUUUGUUGGAUUUAAGAUUUCUACGCGAAAAGACUACAAAAUAGAUGUUUAUAUUGGUUAUUCUGACAGAGAUUAUAAGUUCCCAUGCAAGGAUUUACGCGAAUUCUUUGAAAAUUCUCUUGGAUACAAGACAUUUUUAAUUGACCGUGACCUUAUUGCGUCUGUGGAUAAAGCCAGUGGGAUUGUUGAUGCUCUUAACGCCAGUUGGAGAAUCCUUCUCGUCUGCAGCGAAAGUUUCUUGAAGGAAGACGAUUGGUCAAUGUUUACAAUGAGGUCAGCUAUUUAUACACAAAGUCCAGCAAAUCCUGCGCGUGUUGUUGUGUUGGUUCACAAGGAUUGUCUUCACUUGCUUCCUACGACUCUUAUAGGUUCAGUCAAUGAGGAAAAGAUUAUUGUUGUCUCUGAGUGGAAGAUAAACUAUGAAAUGAAACAAAAGUUGACAACACAUCUAAGCGGUGACAAAAUAUGAAAUAAGAAUACAACUUGGCAACAUCAUCUAGUUUGUAAUGAACUAUCAAAUAAAAGAAAAUCUGGCAACAUGUUUAUGCGAGUAAUGAAUUAUCACAUAAAAUGAGAGUUGGCAACAUGUAGAUCUAUAUCCAAGUACGGGGGUAAUGAACUAUCCAAUGAAAUAAAAUUUGACAACGCAAUAACAAAGUUGUUCUACGCCAUAAUCCGCUGUACAGCACCAGCAGUGUAAGGUUUCCGCAAUAUAAAAUGGCCUUUUGAGGAACAGUGCGAGGAUCUUGAGAUAUUUUUUGGGGCUGUUCGAUUCUCACCAGUGCUAUGGACUCUGUCAAAGGAGGUUCUGUUGUUUUACAAAUGGCCUUAUUGUUUCCUCUAACGAAAUCUAGGCUCCCAAGCGCCACCUGGAGGCUGAGAAGCAUUGAUCGAACAGUGAGAACUUUACUAUAGCCUAGACAAGCCAUUAUGGAAAUAAGAGAAUAGAUGGUACAGGCAGUCUCCAGUUAGAGUGAAACCAGAGGUUACGUGUCUUCCUGAGCAUUGAAGUACACUAUAGCCUAGACAUGUCAGUAUAGAGGUAAGAGGAUAGCCUAUGAAGAUUGUCACCACUGUGAGUGAAAUCAGCAGUCAUGUUUCUUCCUUGAAAGAGCAAGUAUUUGCUGAUAUUUUUUUUUUAUUGUAGAUGUUCUUUAGGAAAAGAACGAGAUGGUCCAGAGAAAGUCAUGGCAGAGGUUGUAUCAUUUUAGUAGUCUCUGGCACCUGAAACUUUAAAUGCUACAAAUGCGAAAUAGGAUAGAAAUCUGAGACUAGCUCGGUCUAACACGUAGCCUGACUAUCUACUGUGUUUAUUAACAUCGCAGGGUCGGCCUUAGGCAUAGGCAAAUUAGGAAUUUGCGAAACUUUGAUUUGAUCUUAAACAUGGUAGAGCACUGUUGUUCUAAGUUUUUUUAUACUAGCCUAACUCCAUCUCUACUAUAGUUAUAUAUGAAAUUCUGUUAUUUGUUGAUUUAGAUAUAGACACGUUUUAUUAUUUUUUUUCUAAUGAAUUAAGUAAUUUUAUUUUUUCGGCUGUUUCAUUUUUUUUUUCAUUUUGGGCCUACAAAUUAACUUCAUCUAAUGGCCUCCAAUUAUCUAAGGCCGGCUCUGAUCAUCAUUUCAGCAUCUCUGCUGUUGUUCAAUUUUGGUAGGAGUGGGUUUGUGACCUAAUGUAUUAGUUAUACUCCUGCAUGCACAGCUCUUUUGAUUUCAAGUAUUUUUUUUUAUGUUUGUUUCAAACAGAAUAUUAUAAGACUAGCGAUCAUCAUAGCCACUAAUUUCAGUCUCAGUCUAAGUUCAAUAAUAGUAAGACCACUAUGUUCAAACAUUGCUUAUAUUAUUAUAGCUUUUAUAUAGCGCUACUUUCAUGCUCAGAGCGCUUUUGGUCCAAUCUCAUUUGUGGACCAGUGGGGGGG